UUCCUUCUCGCACACCCCCGCUGCGCGGCCUGUGUCUCUCAGUCGAGCUCGGGCAUGCCGUCCCCGAUUACUCCCGUCGGUCUGCCGCGAGGGCCAUCGGUGCCUAACGGGCGCGUUCCCAUCCAGCCGGAGUUUGAGGAUGGGUUGCCCCCGCUCCCGGAGAUACACUCGGAGGCCCUACGCCUCCAGGUGUUCACCCACCGAAGCUUCUACGCUCGUCCGACGCACGUCUUCGAGGACAUGCCCGAUGACCCAAGCCCAGACAAUGAGUCAUUGGAACACUUGGGCGACACCGUCCUCAGUCUGGUGGUCACGGGUCUUCUGAGAGAGGUCUACCCGUGCCUGCGCGUCGGUCCGUCUACGAAAAUUAGGGCAUUGGUCGUAGGCAAUCCUACCCUUGCAUGGAUCUCGGUCCAAUACCGUCUGCCGGAGAGGCUGCGUAUGCACCCCGCCCAGGCGAUCACCUUGCGCGCCUCUGCUAACAUCCAAGCUGACCUGUUCGAGUCGUUCGUCGGCGGUCUCUACCUCGACCAAGGUCUCGAAGCGGCCAAAGCCUGGCUGAACCCGCUCCUCCGCCCGUUCCUCGUCCUCGCUUACCGCACCGUCCGGGUCCAGCACGGCCUCACCCCCGAGCCGUCCUACGGCCCCAAGCCGCCGCCCUACUCCGAGGCAACGAGGACUUCUCCCACGAACAACGUGAUACCAUACUCACUGCAGACGUGGUCUUCGCCCCCGCCGCCGCGCAUGCCCGCGAGCAUCGGCCACCUCUCGCUCUUCAACCAGCACCUGCAGCAGCAGCUGAAGAGCAUCGAGUGGGUGUACUCGGACAGCGCAGGCGAGGGCACGCGCACGACGCCGAUCUGGGUCGUGCGCGCGAUGGUCGACGGCGAGUGCCUCGGGCGCGGGCGCGGGAGCACGAAGAAGGCCGCGCGAAACGAGGCUGCCAAGGAGGGCCUCGCGAAGCUCGGGAUCGCUGUCCCGGAGCUUCUGGAGGGCCAAUACCCCGUUUGAGCUCGGGCACCUUGUCUUCAGACUCGCGCUGGAUGGCCGCGGCUUGCGACGCCGGUCAUCCCGCACAGGUGUGCAGGCAGCGUGCGAGGGUUUGCUGGGGCGGAUGUUCAUACCCCGGAUACGGAGGGAGGUGCUGCCGCACUCGGAGAGGUGGGCUCGUGCGCUCGGUCUGUUUUCUCGUCUUCUCAAACUGCGCUGAAUCGCUCUGUAUGUUUGUCGGUGGUUUGCUAUAUCUUGCACCAUGUUGCUCUGAUCUACGCGCUUGCUUCUAUGUCGUUGGGUGUAUUAGUAUGAUUGCAAUGCGAUAUCUAUACAUAUGAUGAACGGUAAAGCGGGGGGGUGGUACUUUUCGGACAAGGAGUAGCACAAACUAAACGACCCGCUUGCUCCCGGGUAUGGGAUCCCACAUCCUUCCAACUUUGUCCACCGGCGGCGCACCCCAAACGAUAGUCUUCGAAGAAGGGUCCAACAGGGAGGGGAAUCGAGGCUCCAGCAAAGGAGGGAGAACCCCGCGUCGUGACGCGCUUGAGCUCGACUUCGUCCCUGACUGCACUGUAGUAGCGGGCGGGGCAGCUGUGACCUCCUUAACCUCCUUGACCACCGCCGCGGCCGCGCUCUCCGCGCUCUGGAUGCCCGACCUCGCCAUGAGAGCGCGCGCCUCGUCGUCUACAUCGUCGAACACGUCUUGCUUCACCGCGCCAAUAGAGUAUGCCCAUACGCCGACCGUAAACCCAGCGAGCAGGACGCCAGUGAUGGCAUUGCGCAGGCGAAAAGGUUCGCGCGCGCGUUGCAAGCCCGGCGACAUCAAGUUCCGGGGGCGGUAGGACUGCCGCGCGGUCUGGCGGUCGACAUACGGGUCUGCCAUGCUUGCAGAGUGCGAGGUGCGUAGAGAUGUGCAAGGACAGGUGGUGGCUGAAUGCGAAGGACGAGC